AUGGAUAGAAAAUCUGCUAGAAUAAAAGCAGAGUUAGAAAGAUAUGGUUGGAAAGUUUCGAAGAAUUUUAAAUAUAGGAAGGGAAGACCCAUAAAAGUCUAUGACAAAUUGUCUGGUCUUCGCUACGAAAUGGAAUUGGAAACAGCACGCGCAAAUUAUCCAAACAGACUAGAGAGGUUAGAAGAAGAACGUCUUAUGGACAUGCCUUUCGAUGUUUCUGAACCGCAAGUUGAAGGACACGACGGCUUUGCCAGAUUCUAUUGGAAACAUGACGAACAAUUGUAUCCUUUGAGAAGGAAAAAAGGAAAAGGUGAAGACAAACAUGCUCCCAUGGAAAGAACAAGAUAUGCAUAUGAAAAGUACCGUGAAGUUAGAAGUCAAAUUACAUCUGGUCGAACCUUUACAGUAAACUU